GUAUACUCGGUGCUUAAUAAUAUUGGCUUGUUCUUCCCUGCUUGACUUAGCGCUUUCGCACCGGGGCACGUUGCACCACUCCGAAACAGACAGAUAUGGCUGAAGGAUCACUGGCAUCGGCAGUUGUGCUGCCCGAACAGGACCCCCUACCCUCAUCCCCGGAUACAGGCUUGAAGCGAAGGAAUUCCGUUCCCGAAGCCGACUCGGAGAGCAAGCGCCGUCGCCUUAGCUCACAGCAUGAUCACAACGACCAAUCGCCAGCGGAGCGUAAACAAUCUUCCCCAGGUGUGGAACGGAAACCCGAACGAAAACCCGGUCGGCAACCCGGUGGACGUGAGGAGGAACGCAAGCGUGGACAGCGCCUAUUCGGUGCUUUACUAGGGACACUUUCGCAGAGCUCUACUUCGGCGGCCCAGAAGCGACGCGCGGACAUAGAACGGAGGCAACAGGAUAAGCUGAAGCUGCAGGAUGAAGAGUACGGUGAGCUGAAAAAGAAGAGGCGGGAAGAACGGCUUGCUACCCGGAAGAAGGAGCAGAGGAUCUACGAAGAGGAAUCGAUGCGCACACGACACUCGAACCUGCUGGCCAUGUCUCAUUUUCUAAAGACGAGGACUGAGCCUGUAUUAUACUAUAAGCCAUGGCAGCUUCGGUCGGGAGAUGAAGCGAUUUUACGUGAACAAGUCGAAGAAGCGGAAGCCAUCAUUGCCCGGGAGGUCGCAGAAUUUGAAGCGCGUUAUCCAGCUCAGGGAGAAGAGCUUCCGGAGAAGAAGGACGGGGAUGAACAAGUAAAGAGUCGUGAACAUGCUCCUACAUCUGAAGCAGAACCCCAAGAACCCCAGGACACAACCCAUGAGACGUCUGACACGGUGGUUGCUGAAACAAACUACAACAGGGACGCUAAAACAGGCCCAGCUGAUAUUACGGUAGCUAACGAUAAUAACAUAUCUAUCAGUAAUGACCACGCAGACGUCCACCGAGGCGUUGAAGACGAUGGCGGAGAGGUCGUGGAGGACAAGGAGGAUACAGUUAUUUACUGAACGCUAGGCGAUACCAAUUUUUAUUUCUUUGGCUCUCGUUUUUCCUUAAUUUUUCCUCUUCUAAUAGCGACUGGAAAUUUAUGUGUCUAUGUGAGCUGUCAUUGGGAGGAGUAACCUGCAUCUCAGCCAACGUACAUUAACCACAACCGAGGCUAUGGAAUAUCCGGUGGAGUCACAACUUGGCAGCAUUGGCUGCGAAGAUCACUGCAAAUCAAGUCCUCAUAUAACGUCUGAUCAC